GUUUAUAGACUGGAAACUGGAAGUUGAGGUUAUGUGUGUUGGUUUGGUUGAGUAAUGGAAAUACUUUGACAAAUUGUAAUAAUAUUGUUUUUUUUGCGUAAAGAUUAAUAUACUGCAUUUUUGUGGACUAAACACGUUUAAUGUAAUGUAGAAUGAAUUCGUUCUAUUGAAACUCGCAAUACAGUUAAGGAGUAAGAAGGCAUAUCUCGUAACCUUUUGACAGCCCUAUAAACAAGAACUAAAACCUUGGUGAUGGCUGAUGAUCAGAUGCGCAAAGUAGAUUUUGUGAAAGACAAGAAGCUGUUAAAUGCUGCAACUCAGGAGUGGAUUAAAUUAGUUGAAAAACAAAACAUUGAACGAGUAGAGAAAUUGAGGAAGAUACGCAAGAAAAACAUCAUUACAUCCUUGUUCUUGGGAGGUGGUGUGUUAGCAAUUUACGCUUACACCAUUCUAUCUGUCAAGCAAGAAACUUUCCUAGACGACUUUGAAGUCCCUCAAAUUGUUCCAAAGAAGGAGGAAAACUAG